AUGGCUGAGCCGCCAGCCAAGGACCCUUACGAGCUGCUCAGUGUCGCCAAUGCAGCGACACUGGCGGAGAUCAAGUCAGCCUACCGAAAGCAAUCGCUCAAAGUCCAUCCUGAUCGCAAUCCCGGCAACGCACAAGCGGCGGCGCAGUUCCACGAGCUCACGCUAGCCUAUGAGCUCCUGCAAGACCCGGUAAGGCGAGCAUCGCAUGACAAAUUACAAGCGCACCAUCGCGCGAAAGCACAACGAUUCGCUUCACUCGACAAGAAGCGCAAGACCGAUCUCGUCGAUCUCGAAGCGCGCGAGAGAGCUUACAAGCUAUCAAAGGAGUCUUCAGAUCGGCAGACGAGUCAGCGCGGUCAGGAAGUUGAGAGACUCAAGUCUGAAGCGCAGCGAAUGAAAGAGGCUCUCUUGCAAUCCCGUCGCAACAAUGCCCCUGCAACUCCGCCUCCCUCUGUUGCUAGAGUCCCGGAGGAUGCGCAGCAGACAGCUUCGCUGGAGAGCACAGUACGGCUGAGAUGGCGGAAGAAAUAUUUGCCCGAUCUCGACUCGCAAGCGCGACUGAAGGAGCUUCUUGCCUCUCUGGGCGCAGUCGAAUCGAUCGUACUGGCACCCGUCAAAGCAGACGCAAAGUCCAACACUGCUCUUGUCGUCUUCGGCAGCAUUGCAGCAGCAGUGAGGGCCGUUCGAGCAUCGGCAACACCCAACACCGCUUUUGAGCAUAUUUCUAUCACCUGGGCAGGCGAGCCGCCCUCCCGAGCAGGCAAGUUGCCAACACAGAGCGACAGAGAGGUCGAAGUGCCUCCUGCGGCUAGUGUCACCCUCGAGGAACUCACCCUCGGCCGACUUCGAGAACGCGAAGCCGAGCGAGCACGACUAAUGGCUGAGCUAGCAGAGCAAGAUGCCAGUACCUAA